CGCCCCUCACUGUUUCCACCCUGAGUGUAUGUGUGUUGAAGUGUCGCGGCUUUCUUACGUGGAGUUUCAAAGACACAAACAAGUGUUCAGCACACGGAGGGCUGCUGCUAUCUGGAACCUUAAGAAGACUUUUACAAUACGUGACUUCUCACAAAGCAAUGGGACGCGAGUCAAGACACUACAGGAAGCGCUCUGCGUCACGGGGACGCUCAGGGACCAGAUCCAAGAGUCGCUCUCCGGACAAACGCUCCAAAAAGGACGACCGAGACCGGAACAGGAGGGAGCGCUCCAGGAGCCGGGAACGCCGCAGGUCCCGGUCCAGAGACAGAAAAAGAGCCAGGCGCUCCAGGAGCAGAGACAGGAGGAGGACAAGGAGCCGAGAGAGGAGGAGGUCAGGCAGCAGGAGCCGAGCCCGGAGGUCCCGAUCUGCUAGCCCCAGCAAGAGCAGGAGGCCAGAUGAAAAGCCAAGGAGCAAAGAGAAAGACAACGUUGAUCCUGUGUCCGACAAGAAGAAGGUUAAAGAAGAGAAAGAGGAUGAGAAGGUUGAGGAUCAAGACUUUGACCAGAACAAGCUGGAGGAGGAGAUGAGGAAGAGGAAGGAGCGUGUUGAGAAAUGGAGGGAAGAGCAGAGGAAGAAAGCUAUUGAAAACAUCGGAGAGAUCAAGAAGGAACUGGAGGAGAUGAAGCAGGGCAAGAAGUGGAGUCUGGAGGAUGACGAUGAUGAUGAAGAGGACGUUUCAGCUCCAAUGGAAGCUGAUGAUGACGAAGACGGCGAGGGUAAAGGUGAGAAGAUGGAGAAGGACAUAAAGGAGGAGAAGCUGGAGGAAGGGGAGAAGAAUGAGACUCCCAUGGAGCAGCAGGCUGAGGAGGAUGAUGUGGAUCCUCUGGACGCUUACAUGGAGGAGGUGAAACAGGAGGUGAAGAAGUUCAACAUGGGAGGCGUCAAAGGAAAUGACAAGAAAGGAGCAAUGACAGUUACCAAAGUGGUGACGGUUGUUAAAACCAAGAAGGGGCCUAACACCCAUAAGAAGAAGGGGGAGCUGAUGGAGAAUGACCAGGAUGCCAUGGAAUACUCGUCAGAAGAGGAGGAGGUGGAUCUGCAGACGGCACUGACCGGCUUCCAGACCAAACAGAGGAAGAUCCUAGAGCCUGUGGAUCACGGGAAGAUCCAGUAUGAGUCAUAUCGCAAAAACUUCUAUGUAGAGGUCCCUGAGCUCGCCAGGAUGUCACAGGAGGACGUGAACGCAUUCAGACUGGAACUGGAAGGCAUUACUGUCAAAGGAAAGGGCUGUCCAAAACCAAUCAAGACCUGGGUGCAGUGUGGGGUGUCCAUGAAGAUCCUCAGUGCAAUGAAAAGGCACAGCUAUGACAAGCCCACACCCAUCCAGGCCCAGGCCAUCCCUGCUGUCAUGUCAGGCAGAGACCUCAUCGGUAUCGCUAAAACCGGCAGUGGGAAAACCAUAGCCUUCCUGCUGCCCAUGUUUAGACACAUCAUGGACCAGAGACCACUGGAGGAGUCUGAGGGACCCAUCUCUGUCAUCAUGACUCCGACCAGGGAAUUGGCUCUGCAGAUCACCAAGGAGUGCAAGAAGUUCUCCAAACCUCUCGGGCUCAGAGUGGUGUGUGUUUAUGGAGGCACAGGUAUCAGCGAACAGAUAGCUGAGCUGAAGAGAGGAGCUGAGAUCAUCGUGUGCACACCCGGCAGAAUGAUCGACAUGUUGGGGGCCAACAGCGGUCGAGUCACCAACCUGCGCAGAGUUACGUAUGUGGUUCUGGAUGAAGCAGACAGGAUGUUUGACAUGGGCUUUGAGCCACAGGUGAUGCGUAUUGUGGACAAUGUGCGUCCAGAUCGUCAGACAGUCAUGUUUUCAGCCACCUUCCCCAGAGCGAUGGAGGCCCUGGCUCGGAGGAUUCUGGCCAAGCCCAUUGAGGUCCAAGUAGGAGGCCGCAGUGUGGUCUGCUCAGAUGUAGAACAGCACGUGCUGGUGAUCGAUGAGGACAAGAAGUUCCUGAAGCUGCUGGAGAUUCUGGGUCACUACCAGGAGAAGGGCUCAGUCAUCAUCUUUGUGGACAAACAGGAGCAUGCAGACGCACUGCUGAAAGACCUGAUGAAAGCCUCGUAUCCCUGCAUGUCCCUGCAUGGAGGAAUCGACCAGUACGACAGAGACAGCAUCAUCAAUGACUUUAAGAAUGGAGCUUGUCGCCUGAUGGUGGCCACCUCUGUGGCAGCCAGAGGCCUGGAUGUCAAGCAGCUGAUUCUUGUCAUCAAUUACAACUGUCCUAACCACUACGAAGACUACGUGCACAGGGCGGGGCGCACAGGCCGAGCAGGCAACAAGGGCUACGCCUACACCUUUAUUACAGAGGAUCAGGUUCGUUAUGCUGGGGAUAUCCUCAAAGCCUUGGAGCUGUCUGGCGCUUCUGUCCCACCUGAACUGGAGCAGCUUUGGGCUUCUUUCAAAGACCAGCAGAAAGCGGAAGGAAAGGUCAUAAAGAGCAGCAGCGGCUUCUCAGGAAAAGGCUUCAAGUUUGAUGAGACUGAGCAUGCCUUGGCCAACGAGAGGAAGAAGUUGCAGAAAGCUGCUCUUGGACUUCAGGACUCUGAUGAUGAGGACGGAGCUCUGGAUAUUGAGGAGCAGAUCGAGAGCAUGUUCAACUCCAAGAAGAGGGUGAAGGAUCUGUCUGCACCGGGGGCAACCCCAGGCGCUACAGGAGUAGUUGCAGCGGCAACAUCAGUUCCUGGAGGGCUGCCAGGCCUCGGACCAACAUCUGCCGGAAACAUCCAGAAACUGGAGAUGGCUAAGAGGCUGGCGCUCAAGAUCAACGCUCAGAAGAACCUGGGUGCUGAGGCUCAGGAUGUGAUGCAGCAGGCCACCAAUGCCAUCCUGCGAGGCGGGACCAUCAUGACACCCUCUGUAUCAGCAAAAACCAUUGCAGAGCAGCUGGCGGAGAAGAUCAAUGCCAAACUGAACUACACACCUGUGGAGAAGCUGGAAGAAGAGCGGCAGGCGGCUGAGCAGGCCGAGACCGUUAAGAGAUACGAAGAGGAGCUGGAGAUCAAUGACUUCCCUCAGACUGCCAGGUGGAAGGUGACAUCUAAAGAAGCUCUGCAGAGGAUCGGUGAAUACUCGGAGGCUGCCAUCACCAUCAGAGGAACAUAUUUCCCUCCAGGCAAAGAGCCCAAAGAGGGAGAGCGCAAGAUCUACCUCGCUAUCGAGAGUGCAAAUGAACUGGCUGUGCAGAAAGCCAAAACAGAAAUUACGCGCCUGAUCAAGGAGGAGCUCAUCAGAUUACAAAAUUCCUACCAGCCAACGAGCAAAGGUCGAUACAAGGUGUUGUAAAGGAAGCAGAAGAAGAAGAAGCAAGGCUCGCUGGAAGAGUAUCCAUUGCUCAACAGUCUCCUCCCCAGUUUCAACAAAUUGGCUUAAUAUUUUAAUCCAUAUUUUUAUAGUGUUUCCUUCAAUGACACAAGUGAAGUCAGUCUAUUUUUCAUAGUGUCCCCUAUUCUUUUUUUUUGUUUUUACAGAUUAUAAGAAUGAAAAUGUGGAUUUAGACUCCCAGUAUCUUUAUAACCACCACAGUUCCACACUGAGCAAUCGGCUUUAUGUUUUUACAUCUGUUUUCUUUCAUGGUGUUUUUGUGUGGUCAGAUUUCAUCCUGUAAAUCUAAGAGUAACGACAGAAGAGAAGAGAUCUUCAAUUUAAAGAUGUUUUCACUUUUCCUCACAAUAAAAUGGAAAUGGACUUAA